AUGUCGGAUUCCGGUGAUCUACAAGUCACUCAUGUAGCUCUCCUUCCAAGCGCCGGCAUGGGCCAUCUCACGCCCUUCCUUCGACUUGCUGCUUUACUCACGGCACACAAUGUCCAUGUCACCUUCAUCACUCCAAGUCCAACCGUCUCACUUGCAGAAUCACAGAGCUUGUCUCACUUAUUCACUACCUUUCCACAAAUUACUCAAAAGCAUCUUCAUCUCCUUCCACUUGAUCAGCCCUCUGCCAAUUCAGAAGACCCUUUUUACUACCAUUUCGAAUUAAUUCGCCGUUCUUCUCACCUACUCCCCCCUCUUUUAUCUUCGCUCUGUCCACCUCUCUCUGCUAUAAUCACAGACAUGAGCUUGGCCUCCACAGUUACCCCUUUAACUGAUUCUCUUGGACUUCCUAACUACAUUUUCUUCACAUCAUCUGCCAAAAUGUUGACAAUUUAUGUAUCCUUCCACACUAUGCUUGGUCCAAAUCAUGAGAUAGAAGACCACACAAAAGUUUCAGGUUUAGAACAAAUACCAAAAGCAUGGAUUCCUCCACCACUUCUACAGGGCGGUAAUAAUCUUCUGAAGACCUUUUUCAUAGAGAACGGUAAGAAGAUGACAGAAUCAAGUGGAAUUUUGGUAAACACAUAUGAAAGUAUAGAGCGUGAGACUCUGGCAGCACUAAAUGAGGGCAAAGUAUUGAGAAAGCUACCAUCAGUGAUUGCCAUUGGGCCACUUGCACCAUGUACCUUCGAGGAAAGUCAACAACUGGCAUGGCUUGAUGAUCAACCAACUGGGUCAGUGCUCUAUGUCAGCUUUGGAAGUAGGACUGCCAUGUCAAGGGACCAAAUUAGAGAGUUGGGUGAUGGCUUAGUGAGGAGUGGUUGUAGGUUUCUGUGGGCUGUUAAGGAUAAGAAAGUUGACGUGGAAGACGACGAGAAGCUGAUUGAGGUGCUUGGACAGGGAUUACUGGAAAGGGUUAAGGAAAACGGAUUGGCAGUGAAGAACUGGCUCAACCAAGAGGAGAUAUUGAGCCAUCCAGCAAUUGGUGGGUUUUUAAGCCACUGUGGGUGGAACUCCUUGACUGAGGCUCUCUGGAACGGUGUGCGAAUAUUAGCAUGGCCGCAACAUGGGGACCAGAAAAUCAAUGCAGAUUUGGUGGAGAGAAUUGGACUGGGAACGUGGGAUAAGAGUUGGGGUUGGGGUGAGGGGGAGAUGUUGGUGAAAGCACAGGUAAUAGCGGAGAGGGUUAGAGAGAUAAUGGGAAACAAGUUGCUGAGAUUGCAAACUGACCACAUUAGAGAAGAGGCCAGAAUGGCUGUUGGAGAUGGUGGUAGUUCUACAAAGAGACUUUAUGCUCUCAUCGAGACAUGGAAGAGGGUUCAGAUAGUAUGA